UUACUCGACUUAGAAAUGGCGAUGCGCAAGAAGAAGCUUCCACUAGACGCUUGCAAAGAAAUCCUCGUGGUUCUGUUAAGCAAGAAGCACCGCGACUGUGCGUGGCCCUUCUACAAUCCGGUGGAUGCGGAGAAGUUUGGCCUGCACGACUACCACGACAUAAUCAAGAAGCCUAUGGACCUGGGCACCAUGAAGCGCAAAAUGGACAACCGGCAGUACACGAGCGCGGCGGAGUUUGCCGAAGAUAUGCGAUUGAUGUUCAGUAACUGCUACAAGUACAAUCCGCCAGAUCAUGAUGUUGUGGCCAUGGGACAGAAGCUGCAGCAUGUAUUCGAGGCACUCUACGCUGGGAUACCCGACGAACCGGUGUCGAAUGCGACAUGCCACACAACACUGACCCAUUCUCAUACUCAGGGUAAUGGGAAUGGGCAGGGGCACGGUGCCAAUGUGAGCGCCUCCCUCAAUCAAGACGGCAGCGACUCGGAGAACGAGUCCCGCUCGGACGCAGAGUCAAGCUCCAGCUCCAGCUCGGAGGAAGAUUCCGCAAAGCUCAAAGUCCUCCAGUCCAAAUUGAACACUACCUACUCGAAACUGCGCGAUGUAAUGGCGGAGAAUCGCAAGUUGAUACAGGAGAAGAAGAAAGGGUGGAUCGUCGGCAAGGAGCUCAGGGCCAAGGAGAGAAGCAUCGAUAACAAGCAGAUUGAUCUUGACAAGCAGAUCGAGAACCUCACCGAGGAGGUUCAUGCCUUGAAGAUGAAAAUGAAGCGACAGAGCGAAGCCCCCGGCUCCAGCUCGGUAUUCCCCCAGGCCCAGGCCUCGACACCGAUGUCCUCAACUCGCAGCGGUGUCUCCAGCUACAAAAAUACUGGAGGGCGCAAGAGCCAGCGCAACUAACGAUACUGAAGCCUGGGGGAAAGGCAACCAGGGGAAGCCAAUACACAAUAUUAGCUGUGAUAACUGCGAGGAAGUUUACUUUACUUGUGCAGUGCAGUUUAUAUACCCUUGAAGAGGGUAUACCCCCGUUUAACUCAGUUUUUGAGAAGAUCUUUUGUAAGAGAAGGACCACAUCUGUGCUAGCACAAACACCGGACAACAGAGACCAUAAGAAACAUACACCUAACUGAUAAGCCAUCCCUUUUGUGUGUUGUCUUGAGCAACCACAAGGCUCUGAUCAGCAUAUGCUUAUCGUUAAUUAGCUGUUAAAUAUGUAACUACUUUA